UUUGUGUGUGUGUGUGUGUGUGUGUUUGAAAGAAGGAUGGGGGUGUAUGGAAAGCCUCAUAUACAAAACUAGAGAGAAUCUGAGAGUGAGGGAGAGAAAUGACAGAAAGCAGAAGGAUUCAUCUCAGAAUUGACAAAAAGAGCAGCUGAAUGAUCAUUCAUUCUUCUCCAGAGAGGUAAGUGGAUGACAUCUCUGCUAUUUGUGACUCCAAUAGAGAAGCAGAUGACCGUAACAUCUCCGGCAAACGCAAAAUCAGAUAUUUAAUAAGUAGUGCGGUUUGAAGACAGGCGUCAAAGGUGGCAGGUACUUUCACAAUGUGAGUAGCCUCAUUUUGUUGGUCUUUGCCGGUGGUUUCACACUUAGCAUCGUCCUGAAGAAAUGAACAUCAACAAAGACACGAUGCAAACUCCAGCGUCCAUGCUGAUGGGAGUGGUGUUCGCACCCUUGGGCCUUGUGCUGAUGUUCACUGCAGCGAUCACCCCGCAGUGGAGGGAGGGUCAUGCCCGGCUUGGUGCGGCAGGGCGGGGCGGAGCAACGGAGCUCCUCCUACUCCGCUCAGACGGCCUAUGGGAGAGCUGCCUGCAGGUAGUGCACUCGGAGGUCAAAGAGUGCUGGCCCGUGUCGGGGUCCUACCAGCGGGAUGCUCGGGUUCGAAUGGUCCAGGGGAUGGUGCUGUCGUCUCUCUUCCUGUGUGGUGCGGGGAUCGUGCUCGCCAGCGUGGGGGUCCGCUGCUGGACCGAUAUCCCGCUCAGGAGUGUAGCGGCAGCCGGUGGCCUGUUGGUUGUGCUGGCAGGCGUGCUCAGUUUGGCUGCGUUAGGAGUGUAUACUCGGCAUCUUUCGAAGCUGGGGAUCGAGGUGGAUUCAACGGUAUCGGAGACGCAACGACUCAACGUACACAAGCCACCCCGGCUAACGCUACACCCGGCCGGGUCGCUCUACUUCGGCUGGGUGGGAGCUUGGGUACAGGUGGUGGGAGGGACCGCACUACUUUUUGGAUUCAAAAGCAUGAAGUGUUCAUUCCCCCAUAAUCAGAGACUCAAAGACAGUACUGAGAUGUAUGAGGUGAACUGUUAGAUGGACCGACCAUUUGUGAGAGAUGAAGAGACUCUUAUGGCGGUCAAAC